AUGUUGAAAAAGUGUUUGUUGCUUGUUUUGUUGGUUUGCAGUCAGACAGCGUCUGCGCAAAAUGUGGAAAAUCCUUUAAAUGGACGAGUAGAUCAAUGUGGAUACGCGCUGGGUUUGGUACUGAACAAACUUAAUACGAUGGAAUAUCGCAUCAUGGAAAAGGAGCAUCAAAUCGAGCAAAAGCUAAACAAUAUAAGCUCAAUGAUUGAACGUUUCAAGCAACCUGAAUGCAACACAACAACUCUACCGGUGUACAACCGUACAAAGGAGGAAGUGUACAGUUCGUGUAAAAAGGUGCCAUUUUCUGGUGUGUAUAAGAUUCAACCGGAAAACCCAUUCAAGGAACCGAUAACUGUGCUCUGCGAUCAAGAGUACGAAUCGGGCGGAUGGACUGUGAUACAACAUCGGUUUGACGGAUCGACGAACUUUUAUCGCAGUUGGCAAGAGUACAAGAAUGGGUUUGGAAAUUUGGACGGUGAGUUCUGGCUGGGGCUAGAUCGUAUUUAUCAGCUGACCGUUUCACGACCACAUGAGCUGGUGGUUCUGCUGGAAGAUUUCGCUGGCAACAAAACGUUUGCAUGGUACGACCAUUUCGAAAUUGGCGGCGAGAGCCAGAAGUACAACCUUACGAGAAUAGACGGAUUUUCUGGCCCGGCGGGUGAUUGUUUGGGAAAUGUGAAGGGAAUGCAGUUUUCCACCUUCGAUUCGGAUAACGACACGUGGGAAGGUAACUGUGCAGUAACUUACACCGGUGCAUGGUGGUACAGUGCUUGCCAUACCAGCAAUCUCAAUGGGAAAUAUUUGCGCGGAGAAACGAAGGAAUAUGCAACCGGGAUGGUUUGGCGAACCUUCCGUGAGUAUUUCUAUUCACUGAAAACGGCAAAAAUGAUGAUAAGACCCAAACUUAUUUGA